AUGCUAUCACUCAACGACGACUUUCUUGAAGCCAAGAAACAAAUUCAUUCCCGGCUUCGAUCCGCUUUAACAACCGAAUGGGAGCAAAUGACAAGCUUUGUCAAUGAGUAUAAAAAAAAAUCUAAAGAAUAUGAGAAACAAAAAGAAACCUGCAUAAAGAAACUACGCGAAUUAUUUGAACAGCAUCAAGUAGUCUGUUGGGAGAAUUGGAGAAGAGUUGCUCAAUAUUAUGAAGAGGUGGGGAAAGCAAAUUAUGAAUUUCAAUAUAUCAUCAAAAGUGCUGGGGAAGAAGAUAGAGUGAACGUUGACAUGAGAGCGCUGAGAUCACUGCUGCGAGGAUAA